UUCGUUUACUCAAAAACCCUAGAAAACUGGAACUUUGAACUGUCCUUAAACCCUUGUCUCCCUCACUGUGUUACAUGAACUCUUGCUCUUCGAAGAACCAUGUUACCGGGUAGAAAUUCACGGCCUCAGCAUCCUUCUAAGCUUCAGGCCAAUGGAACUGCUCCUUCACCUCCCCUGCAGGUUAUGGGUAACCCAGGAAGUUUUAUGCCAAACCAUAUGCAAAUUCAGUCUCAGAUGGCAAUUCCAAACAAUAACCCGAAUACCCAGUUUUUCCCUGGGCAGCUUUUGGCAUACCAAAUGAAUCAGAUGAAUAAUGCUAAUUCUCAACAAAAAGGUCAAUUCUCGGGACAAAAUAUUGGUAACCCACCUCAGUUCUUGAAUCAGAAUGUUGGUUUUGGGGUUAUGCCCAAUCCAAUGCAAAAUAUGAAUCAGUUUCUGCAAAUGCAAAUGGCUAUGCAAAUAGCAAGUUAUGCUCAGGCUCUUUCAGGGAGUGUUCCCAUGUAUCCAAACCAGGUGCCUCAGGGUAUGGGAAUUCAAAAUUCUAACAUUGCGAUGAAUAAUGCGCAUUUGGGUCAUGCGAAUGCAAGUGGAAAUUUGUCUAAGCAAAUGGCUAAUGGGAGUCAGCAAUUGCAAGGGCAGUCGCCUGUGAUGAACUCUUUUGGUGUUGUUCAGCAGCCACAGACUCAGAGCUUCAAUGCUCAUGCUUCUGCUAAUCCACAGGUUUCUCAGGGUAUGGGCCCUCAAAGUUCCAACUCUGGUAUGAAUGCACAUUUGGGUCUUGUGAAUGCCAAUGUAGCCGCCCAGCAGUCUAAGAAUGGCUUGUCUAAGCAAAUGCCUAAUGCGACUCAGCAAUUGCUAGGCCAGUUGCCUCUGAUGAAUUCUUUCGGCUUUGUUCAGCAGCCACAAACUCAGAACUUUAAUCCUCCUGCUUCUGCUAAUACACAGGUAUGUCAUGGUAUAGGGCCUCAAAUUCCCAACUUUUCUAUGAAUGCGCAUUUGGGUCUUUUGAAUGCCAAUGGAGCUGUCCAGCAAAUGCCUAAUGUGAAUCAGCAAUUGCUAGGCCAGUUACCUAUGAUGAAUCAGUUUGGCUUUGUUCAGCAGCCACAAACUCAGAACUUCAAUGCUCCUGCUUCUACUAAUACACAGGCAAAUCCUGGAUGUGUUGUUGGGAUUAACCCAUCAAAAGGCAACCAGCAAAAUUCUUAUAAUAGUAACUUCUCGAGGAAUCAAAAGCACGGAGCUAAGAUGUCCAAGUUUGGUAAAGGGAAGUUCUCAACUCAUAAUAAAAACCUGGAAAAAGGUCAUCACAGAAAUAGGGAGAAAAAAAAUAUUGAUAUUAAUUCAGUGAAACCUGAGAUGGAGAAAAAGAGACCUCUCUUGGUGACUUACUCGGCGCAAGAAAUUCAACAGUGGCGGGAAGAACGCCGUAAGAACUACCCUUCAAAAGGAAACAUUGAGAAGCAGCUGACAGGGAAAAUGGUAGAGUCCGAGGAUAAUUCGUGUGCUGCCAAGUUGCGCCGUCAGCAACUUAAGGAAAUUCUAGCCAAGCAGGCUGAGUUAGGCUUUGAAGUUGCAGAAAUACCAUCAUCCUAUCUGUCAGAUACUGAGAAACAAGUGGAUGGAAUGGAGCAAAAAAGGCCACUGAGUAGAAAAGAAAGGUUCCAAAAAAGGUUCAAUAAAAAAGAAAAGUUCAACCGAAAUGAUCGUUUCUCCAAGAAACGAAGAUUUGGAAACUCCGAUUCCUCAAAUACUUGUGAUCAAAAGGGCUUCCCUGCAGGAAAACAGGAUGUAAACCGUGAAUCUGUAACUCAGGUUACAAAAAGUGCGAGAGAAUCAACACUGCUGCAGAAACUAUUGAGUUCAGAUAUUCGAAGAGAUAAACGACGCCUAUUGCAGGUCUUUAGGUUCAUGACCAUGAAUUCUUUCUUUAAAGAUCAGCCGGGGAAACCUUUGAGGUUUCCUCGAGUGUUGCUUAAGGAAACAGGGAAAGAAAUUGAAGCUGCUGAAGAAAUAUCUGAUGUUAUAGAUACAAACAUUGAAAAAUCAUCGUCAUCAGACGACGACAAUGACAACGACGAAGAAGAUAAUAUUGCUGAAUUUACAGAAGCAGUUAGUGAGUUACAAGAAAAUAGUAACAGUGAAAGUGAAGAACCUGAGGAAGAUGAUUAA